GACAAAAACAUGAGCUAACGAAACCACUUCCGCUUCCUCUUUUUUCCCUUUGUUUUUCCUUUCCCUUCCGCCGCUCGUCUCAACCGCCAACCACCCCCCUUUCUCUCCGCCAUGGCCGGCGACGCCGAGAGAAUGGCGGCGCUCAAGAGGGCGUACGCGGACGUCAUCCUGAACACAGCGAAGGAGUCGGCCAUCAGGAUUUUGGCGGCGGAGCGCCGGACGCUACAGUGGAAGCAGAGCUCGUCGCUCGUCAAGGAAGAUUCUGUUGCCCUAAUUCUUCGACUCAAGGCUCUCAUGGACUCUAGGAUUAAAGAGACAGAAUCAGUAAACUUAUCACAAGCAACAAGAAUUCGAGAGCUUGAAGUUCAGCUCCGUGAGGCGAACCAUACAAUUCGUCGUCUAAAUUCUAAACUGCAGAAAGUUAGUUCUGAACUGGAGAAUCAGAAGAGUGAUAAAAGUGAGUCUCUACAAGGUAAAGACACAGAUGAUCGCAUCAUUUCGCAGACAAAUAACCCUGAUGAAGCUGCAUCGAGUCAGGAAACUGUACCUCAUAGCACCUAUGCUAAAUAUUCAAACCAAAAGGAGCCUACAAAAGAUUCAACUGCAUCUGAUGAUUCUACUGGCACUCCUGAUUUAGUGUCCUUGAUAUUGAGAAACAAGGAGCCAGAGCCUUUUAGGAACGGUUGUACUCAGCGGAUACGUGCAUUGGAACGAAAUGUAUUGACUGAUAGAGAUCUGCCUGCUGAAAGACAUGCCCUGAACUCUAAUGUAAAGCAAGAAGCUGCAAUAUGUGAGAAUGAACUAGAUGAAAAAUACUGGCUUGGAGACCCAAUCCUGGCAGCCGAAAUGCUAAUAGAGGUUGCAAAAUCACUUGAUUCAGAAGAAGCACAACAAGGAAACAAAUCUGAAAUCAACCAGAAAGGUAAGUUUUCCAGUUGGCGUUCUCCAUCAGAAGAAGCACAACAAGGAAACAAAUCCAAAAUCAACCAGAAAGGUAAGUUUUCCGGUUGGCGUUCUCCAAGAAGAAGAAGAGCUAGAAAGCUCCUCACAAAAAGCUGCAGUACUUCUCAUGAAACUGAAGAUCAUGAACAACCAGACAUUAGUAAUACUAAAAUUGCUGGAAAAACUGGCAUGCCCAUGACUUGUGAAAGGCAGGGGCAAAGAAAUGCAGAUACUACAUGUUCAGAUGAGGCUUCUGUCGAAAAUAAAAUAACUUCUGUAGACAGAAAUAUGAAGUUGAAUGAGUUCCCCGAUCAUGUAAUCCCUGCAAUUUUGAACACCGGCAGAAUAAUGACCAGGCGAAGUAUGAAACUGCAUAAUGUCAACAGUUCAAAUGCUGGUCAAGUAAGCAUUGAAAACGAUCAAGUUGCACUAACCACACAUGACUGUGAAGAAGGCUAUCCUUUAGAUGGAGCCAUUAAGGAGGAUGCCAUUGAGUGCGAAACAAUGUUGAAGACACCAGAUCAUACAAUAACUGGGUAUUCAGAUACUUUAGUAUUAAAAGGAAACGAUCAAAAGAUUGAUACUCCCUCCACUGAUUUUUGUUCUAAAGAUGAAGAACCUUGCAAAUCAAGUAGGCUACCUGCUGAAGUUGGAAAUGACAGAAUUGUAAAAUAUACUUUUAAGAGGACCAGAAAGAGGGGAUCUCCAGAUAACAAGAACAAAGAUAUUUAUUUAGAAGGAAAUAAGAAAUUGAGAAAAGCAGAUAAAGAAAGUGCCUUGCAUGAGAAACCAGACAAGAUAAUGGAGUCAACCAGAGACAGUAGGAGGCUAGCACAAGUUGCUCGUCAGGAAUUGCUUCAAUCCCUAGUGUAAAGGAGCAAGAAUACUUACUACUAGUGUAAAGGAGCAAGAGUGCUUACUUUACAACCUAGGUGGAGAAGCAACGUCACAUAAUCAUGUUUUAAAUGAAAAGAAGGAUGAAGUAAAAAAGGAGUAUACCAAAUAAUCUGCAGCAUUAGACUCAACCAUUCAGUUACUUACUGAGAGAGUUUGUCGCAAGUUUCAAAAUUCUCGGAUGGUUGGGAACACCAAGGAUGGAGUACUACUGUUACAGGUGAUGAUAGGAUAAAAGAGAAGGUGAGAACAGUCUCUUGCAAAGCAGGGUAAGACUGCGUAGGAUAGAUCCUUCCCUGAGAUCUCGCAUUGGCGAGAGUUUCGUGCACCGGGCCCUCCUUAGGAGAGUAUAAAAGAGAAGUGAGGAUAAGGGGGGAACAAUUUGAUAAAAUUUGCUUGAUUAUUGAUGUAAAAUAUAUGUAGUCAGCUAUAAAUUAAUUUGAUCUUCAACUCUACAUGACUAUUUAACUGAAGGAAUCUAAUAAAACUAGGACAAUUGUACAAUAACUGUUUCUAAUACUUUUUUCCAUGGUGUACAGACAUCAUUGUAGAAUUAAUUAAAUUAUCCUAAAUAUACUUAAAAAUGAAAAUAGCUAUUUUUUAUAUAUAUAUUUUUAGUUUUUCUUACAUGAGAAAGGAUGACUUAGCCUUUUUCCAGGUACAUAUUGAUUUCAAGAACUCUAAUAUAAGAAUUGUGGCACGCAAUACAGCUUGUACAAUCAAUGCAUUUCUGCAUUCUCCAAGACUAUAUCUUCUACCUGGUUCUUGUAAUUAGUAUGGGCGGUUUGUUGCAGUGUAUGACUCGCUGCAAACUAGUGAGACCUGCAGCAGUAUGACAAUGCAUUAUUAGAGUACUAAAUUCAUGUAGAGUUACGAAUAUGGUUAUCGCGUAAAAAGAGAGUUUUAUAUGACGUAUAGUCUUCAUCUACCAGUGUGAAGCAAGCAAAUAUGUUGGCCUGAACGUGUUUAGUAAUUAGCCCGUAUGAUCUCUGUGAAAUACAUGAUGCCUAAGGGAUAACUUAGAAAAAUAGAACUUGUAUUUGCACACUUAGUUGAUAAGUAGUGUUUCACAUGGUUGAAUGGUGAAGGAAAGAGCAAGGAAAAUGUGACUACUGUGAAGCUUCUUAACAACUAAGCUUGAUAGAUAUAGCUGUUUUGUCAUACUAUAUGUCAUAUGGAAAGCAAGGUUCAUAUUUCGUUCCAAGCCAUUGGAAUGAAACACUAUCAAGUUGUUUCGCCUGUGUUGACACCAGUGUAUUCAAUAGCGGCGAAUAGCGCGCUACGACCAGCGAAUGCUGCAGAGCGUUCGCUGAAUCGCAAUUGUCCCGAAUAGCCCACGCUAUUCAGGACAAAAGCGUCGAUAGCGCACAUAGCGUGCGCUAUCAUGCCCUAGCGCCCUAUAGCGGGCGCUAAAAUUACAAAUUGCUUACCAAUAGCUAGGGCAAAGGUGAGUCGAAUCGUGACUGUGGCAGAGGCGAAGGUAGGGCAGACUGCAGAGGCGACAGGCGGCGAUCGGCGAGCAGCGAGCGGCGAGCAGUGACCUGUGAGUGGUGGCGAGGGACAGCGAUUGGAGGUAAGCUUUUCUCCUUCCUUUCAUUUUCUUCGUUUAGGUUUUCCUUCUCGUUUUUUUUCUCGAAGGAGCAAAAACGAUUUCGCGAUUUCCAGAAGUCGGGCAUCUGGAUCGAUCCAGCGAUCGAU